CCAGGACUCUCCGGGCGUCAGGCCGGACGGGAGGUUGGUUUCGAGGGAAGUCGGGUCCUCGAACCCCGAACCCACCCCCGCCCCCGGCUUCCUCCCUGGCAUUGGAGUCCACCAUCAGGGGGGCUCUUCCACUCCCUGCCGCCGAGGGGAGGAUGCUGAAUGUGCACCUUCAAGGGGCGAGGCGAGCUGACGGUCCCGUUAGUAAUCGUGUGAAGCUGGGUUAUAACUAACGACUGCGGCUCCUGCAACCCCGGUGCGCUGUGCGUGCCCACGGACAAGUGCAUUUGUAGUCAUGGAAAUGUGCGGAACGUGUCGUCUCUGGGGCUUCUCGAGUUUUUGCUUGAUCAUACCAGCAGUGCACUUCCCAUCAGGAUCCUGGGCCUGAAAAAGUAAGCUUGAACUAGAUAUGUGUAACACACCGACUUACUGUGACCUAGGAAAGGCUGCCAAGGAUGUCUUCAACAAAGGAUAUGGAUUUGGCAUGGUCAAAAUAGAUCUGAGAACCAAGUCAUGUAGUGGAGUGGAAUUUUCUACUUCUGGUCAUGCUUACACUGAUACAGGGAAAGCAUCAGGCAACCUAGAGACCAAAUACAAGAUUUGUAACUAUGGACUGACCUUCACCCAAAAGUGGAACACAGACAAUACUCUUGGGACAGAAGUCUCUUUGGAAAAUAAGUUGGCUGAAGGGUUGAAACUGACUCUUGAUACCAUAUUUGUACCGAACACAGGAAAGAAGAGUGGGAAAUUGAAGGCCUCCUAUAAACGGGAUUGUUUCAGUCUUGGCAGUAAUGUUGAUAUAGAUUUUUCUGGACCAACCAUCUAUGGCUGGGCUGUGUUGGCCAUUGAAGGUUGGCUUGCUGGCUAUCAGAUGAGUUUUGAUACAGCCAAAUCCAAACUGUCACAGAAUAAUUUCGCCCUGGGUUACAAGGCUGCAGACUUCCAGCUGCACACUCACGUGAACGAUGGCACUGAAUUUGGAGGGUCGAUCUACCAGAAGGUGAACGAGAAGAUUGAAACAUCAAUAAACCUCGCGUGGACGGCUGGCAGUAACAACACCCGUUUCGGCAUCGCCGCUAAGUACAAGCUGGACUGUAGAACUUCUCUAUGUGCUAAAGUGAAUAAUGCCAGCCUGAUUGGACUGGGUUAUACUCAGACCCUUCGACCAGGAGUGAAACUGACCCUGUCAGCUCUAAUCGAUGGAAAGAACUUCAAUGCAGGAGGGCACAAGGUCGGGCUGGGAUUUGAACUAGAAGCUUAAUGUGGUUUUGAAUAGAGCAUCAGCUUUGUCCCUGGAGGUGAAGAGAAGUCAACCCACUAUGUUUUGGCCUUAAAAUUCUUCUGUGAGAUUUCAAAGGUGUGAACUUCUUAUUCUUCCAAAGAAUUGUAAUCCUCCUCACACAGAAGCCUAGAUAUCGAGUCCAGCCUAAGGGAGGUGUGCCUGAAGGCAUGCCCGGAAGUUGUCAUGUUCGUGCCACGUUUCAGUUCAGUUCUGCAGUGUUAUUUUCAAUGUGUUGCUCAGCGACAGUGUAGUGUCAUGUUACAAAGGAGAUGACCCGACCCUCCAGUUGUCCAUCACGUCCUGCAUGUCCCACACCACUUUUUCAUGACCUUGUAAUAUAUCGGUCUCUGCGGUAGUGGAAUCUUUCGUUUUGCAUCAGAGUAAAAUAAAAUAAAUCCAUCACAUUUGGAACAUAAUUGGUCAUCUCA